AUGCAGUUACUCUGCUUGUUUAUAUUUAUAGGAGCUACUCAAUGUGAUGAUUCAUCGGACAGUAAGACUUUAGAUCCAGAGUGUUAUGAUAAUUUGGGAGUACCAAAUGCUGGGGAAUAUGUUUCACAUUAUACAUUAUCAGUUCAAACAUCAUAUGUAACUUCGGUUGAAUGUAUGCUAUCAUCAAAUCAUUACAUAAAAAGUGGAUUUUCUGAAAUUGACAGCUCUUCAAAUGAUCUUUUAACAAAUUUGAUAACGGCAUUUAAAGAUGGGUUCGGAAAUAUAGAUAGUAUGAUAAACGGGUUGCAACAAACUGAUGCUGAAAAAGAAUCGCAAGAAAAAAUUAAUGCUGUGGUAUCAAUGACAGUUAACUAUUACCAAAAAAAAGAAGUAACUGUUGAAAAAUCAGAAACAAAGCUCAGUGAAGUAACAGAAGUACAACAAGCGCAAUCAAUUCUAACUGCAAGACGAUGUGAAUCAUCUUACAUUAACUUUAUGAAUGAUGUUACGACGAUAAAAACACAGUAUACUAGUGGUACGACUAGUACAGAUACUAUUGAUGCGAAUCAAUGGGCUACUCAGGUGAAACAGUAUUACGACGCAAGAGAAAGUAUAGUUUCUAAAACGAAUGUGUACGCAUCAAUUAGAGAAGCGUUUUUGUUUGGUAGUGGGAUAAAUUUAUGUGAUGGAUCUGCAAAUACUGAUAAAACUGAUAAAUCACUACUGGACAUAUACAAAACUGACGAUUUAUCAAAGUUCUUUGGAAAAACUGAUAAUGACGCAUCGGCACUAUUAUCUCAGACAGUCACACAAAUGUAUUCAAUUUAUAAGGCUUCACUAACUACUAUUUAUUUAAAAUCUGUAGUACAUUCAAAAAGUGAUUUAGCAAUGCGAGUUACAAUAUGGGAACAAGUGAAUUUAGUUCGAGCAAACUUUGAGUACAUGAGUCAAAACAUAGUAUUGUUUAUAAAAACAACACAAACAGACGCAGAAUCUAGUUUUGGUGCCAAUUCUGAAGAAUACAAAAAAAUCAUGAUAGCAUUAUAUAUUUCUGUGAAUAAAAUGCUUUUGACAGUUGUCAAAUCCACCGAGGUGCAUUAUCAACGAGCUUUGAACUUUAAUCCUGAUAGAAGUAUGAUUAAAACCGAUUUCAAUCAAUAUAAAGUGGAUAUAAUCGAAACAUAUAAUGAGAAUAUUAUGUGGAGUAAUGCUAAUGCUGUUCAAUAUGAUAUGCGUCUUAUUGAGCAAAAAGACUGUUCAUAUCCAUCAUCAGAAAUGUGUAUACCACAGGAUAUGUACUCAUUAGUGAUAAAUAAAUUAGUUUUUCAAACAUUUAUUUGUCAAGUAAAUUAUGUAUACAUACGAAUAAAAACAACACAGUAUGAUAAAAAAAAUGUGGACUCUUGGAUAAUUGAUAGAGUCACAACUAUAGAAUUUCAAAAUUCAAUCCUAUUUUCCAAAUAUUCAGCUACUAUUAACAAAAUGUAUAUUGUAAAUAGUGCCACUUAUACAUAUGUUUUAAUGACCACAGACCAAAGUACUCAAUCUAAUGAAGUUCAACAAAUUAUGGACGUAAUUUCAUGUGAUGUUGUUGGAGUGCUAUGUGUAAAUACUUUACAGAUAACUGAAACGUAUAAUACUCUUGAUGUAUUUGUAGAUACAAAUUGUAAUAAAAACACUAAACCAAUAGUAUUCAAACCUGACUCACCGAAAACGCCACCUGCCAGCGGAACACCACCCACCGCUGGAACACCACCUACCAGCGGAACACCGUCUACUAGCGGAACACCGUCUACUAGCGGAACACCGUCUCCUAGCGGAGCACCACCUACAGGUAAUUAUCCAUCUACCAGCGGAACACCCUCUACCAGCGGAACACCGCCUACCAGCGGAACACCGCCUACCAGCGACACCCCUACCAGCGGAACACCCCCUACCAGCGGAACACCGUCUCCUAGCGGAGCACCACCUACAGGUAAUUAUCCAUCUACCAGCGGAACACCCUCUACCAGCGGAACACCGCCUACCAGCGGAGCACCCCCUACCAGCGGAACACCAUCUACCAGCGGAACACCCCUACCAGCAAACACCGUCUACUAG